AUGUUCGACUUCACUCUGGAGGAGGCCGUUGCGGUCUUCGACGUCCAAACCACCCUUGUCUUCCUCCUCACCCUCUGCAGCUUCGUGGUGCCCGUCGUCAUCCUCUUCCCGCCAGUACCCAUCCGCAUCUCCGAAGCACUCUCUCAAACUCACACAAAGCUGGGGUUGGAGCCUGGAGCUUCCAACCUACCGAAACCGGAGGAGAAGAACACGCAGCCGGCAACCGGAUCCUCACCAACUACCAAGACGAGAAUCCAGAGCCUAUUCAUCUACCCUAUCAAGUCGUGCAAGGGGAUCGAGUUGUCAAAGGCGAAAGUAUUCGCUUCGGGCCUGCAAUAUGACAGGCUGUACACCUUUGCGAGGCUAAAGGACGUGCCUGCCGGAGAGGAACCUGUUUGGGAUUUCAUCACGCAAAGGCAAUUCCCGCGAAUGGCUAAUGUCGCCAUCGAUGUUUGGUGCCCCGACGCCGUUAAGACCCGAGGCAAGCUUACCGAGCGGGGCUCGGAUGAGACCUUCAUGAUUGUGCGCUUCCCGUGGAGCAGGCCGGGCUUGCUCGGCGUCCUUGACCACAUCGCUGCUAAGCUCGGUAAAGGCUGGCGCGGCGUCCCCGAGAAGGAGAUCCUGUUGCCGGUUAACCUGCCUUCCGAAGCCGAGAUCGCCGGCAGGGGGUAUAGGUACGAGAAGGUGAGGGUGUGGAGGGAUGUCGUUACGGCUUUGAACAUGGAGGCGGAGGUCCCCCGCGAACUCACUACCUAUCUCGGUGUCAGUGAGAGGUUGGGUGCUUUCAGGAUGGGCCCGGAUACGUUGAGGGAGGUCUAUCGAAAUGCGCCCAAGGAGGAGGAGGCUGGGUAUCAACCCUCGGUAAGAUUCCAGGACUCCUACCCGAUUCAUCUCAUCAAUCUUGCUAGUGUCGAGGACAUGGAGGAGAAGAUAGCCGAUCCCACUCUCAAGAAUUUCACCGUGCGGAGAUUCAGGCCCAAUGUUGUUGUCUCUGGGCCUCCGGCUUAUGAUGAGGAUGGCUGGAAGAGCCUCCGCGUCACACAGGGAACGGCAUCAGUCAGCUCAGAUUGCACUUAUCAUGUCUCAUGCCGCACCUCUAGAUGCAAACUACCUAAUGUAGACCCCACCAACGGCAUCCCCCACCCCGUAGAGCCUGACCGUUAUCUCCGAAAGCAUCGCAACAUCGAUGAUGGAUGCCCCAAGAACGGAUGCUUGGGCAUGAUGCUCACGCCUCUCUUCUCGGAAGAGUCGAGACGGGUGGCUCUGGAGACUUGGCUUGAGGUUGGCAUGGAAAUUGAAGUUCAAGAGCGAGGCGAGCACUUCUUCCUUAGGACUUAG